GCGUAAUAGUAUGUAUUGGUGAUUUUUAGAGGGAAGAAGAUUUUUCACUGUUGAUUAUUUUAAUUUUUCCUUCUAUAAAUCGAAUGAACAUCAUUCAUAAAAGCUUGUUAUGAAAGGUUAUUUAUUCUAUCAUCUGCUAUCGUUAGUUCUUUUCUCACAUCCUUGCUGGUCCGCCUCAACUGGAAGAGAAUGGCAAAUGAAUUUAAAUAUUUGCCCGCCAAUCUUAUGUGGACCUCAGCAAUCGGGUCACAAUCAACAUGAACCUGGUCAAUCUCCCUUCUAUGAAGGCGAUAUAGUAUUAGAUAAAGAAUUAUGGUUAAGAAUGAAAUUGAAAAGAUUUGAAAAUUUAUUUAGAGGAUCUAAACGCAGUCUUGACAUGGAUAGAAGAGGAAUAGUAAAAACGCAUAGAUUGUGGCCAAAUGCUAUUGUCCCUUAUAAAAUAGAGGGAAAUUUAGGAAGUAAUGUUAAAGCUACUAUAUUAAAAGCUUUAAAACAUUACGAAGCGAAAACCUGUAUCAGAUUUAAGAAGAGAACGAGGGAAAGAUUCUAUAUCAAUUAUGUGCUAUCUGCUGGCUGUUGGUCAUUUAUUGGCAGAACCGCUCCUAAACAGGGAACGGGCCAAGCUCUUAGUAUUGGUUUUGGUUGCGAAAAUUUAGGAACUAUUGUUCACGAGACAGGUCACGCCCUUGGUUUUUGGCACGAACAAAGUAGAAACGAUAGAGAUAAAUAUGUAAAAGUUGUGAAAGAGAAUAUAGCAACGUUUGCAAAAGAUCAGUUUAAGAAGAGGACAGCAAAUGAAAGUAUUAUAGAUUCUAAAGGUUAUGCUUACGAUUACCUAAGUGUUAUGCACUACGGAGAAGAUUACUUCUCCAAGAAUGCUCAACCAACUCUUAAAGUAAUUGGUCCUGGUAAAGAAUUCAAUUUCAAGAUUGGUCAGAGAAAGGGUUUGUCGAAUCUUGAUAUUGCUCAAUUGAAUGAUAUUUAUGGUUGCAACAAGAGAAAACUCUUAAAUUUACAAGUACAAACUAAAUCGAGUUGUCCAAAAAAUUUCGUAAGGUUAUCAAGUGGCUGUUACUUUUUUUCAACUGAGCAUAAGAACUUUUGGGAUUCAAAGAGACAGUGUAAGAGGCUAAACUCGAAUUUAUUACAAAUUGACAGCAACGAUGAAAAUAAUAGAAUAAGGGCACAUCUAUUACAAAAUUUUAGGAAGGAAAGAAAAUUUAGAACAGGUGGAUAUCGGUUUAAUAGAGAAUUUAAAUGGUAUAAAAAUAAUGGUCAACAUUCCACGAUGAAAUAUCAAAAAUGGACCAAAGGUCAACCAAAGAGAAAUACUUUAGUAUACGCUCUUACAAAAGCUAAAGAUCGUUACGUAUGGACAACUAUAACUGAUGGAGUUAGGUAUGGUUAUAUAUGUGAAACGGCUGCAAAAUGUAAAAAACCUUUGAGAGGUCGAGGAGAAACCUAUAGGGGAAAGAUAAAUUAUUCGGAAAAUGGUGUUAAUUGCCAACACUGGUCCUCGCUUUAUCCUCAUAAACAUACAUUAUCAGCUUACGUUAAAAGUAAGAAAUACGGAUUAGGAAACCAUAACUAUUGUCGUAAUCCUAAAGGAUUUCGUUCUAGACCGUGGUGCUUUACAACUAAGAGAACGAGAAGAUGGCAAUAUUGUCAACUUGACUCUUGUUAAUGUUUAUGAUAUAAUAAUUUUUUAUAUUGAACUCUAACUUUUUCCUGAAUCGGCUUACAUGAAAGAAACUUUUUAUAUGAAUGUGUUGAAGGAUACAAAAGGAAAUUUGACAUCUGUAAACAAUUUCUUAAAACAAUUUCCUUUCACAUUCGAGCUCAUUUUUCUCCCUCUCUCUGUUUCUUGUGUAUAAACUUUCGGCUCACAUUAAACUUUUUCUCAUCUUUAUCUUUUCUUUUUGUAUAAUUUUAAUUGAAUAAUAAAAAUGUUAAACAGUUAAACAUUU